AACCCACAACACUUCCUAUAUGUAUAUUGUAUAAGUGCAAGACGCGCAAGUCUCCAUGUAUAAAAGUGCCUAAUCAUUAGUCUUUUAGAAAUAUAAAAUGGAAAAAUGGCAGAUAUUUUAACUCCACUUGUAUAUUGGGCUCAAACAGAGCAACAAAUUACAUUAAAGGUAGACUUGACUGAUACUUGGCAUGUCAAAGUUCACAUGAAUGAGAACAAAUUAAGGGUUACUGUUUAUGGACAAGGUGCUAGAGGUCUUAAUGAAUAUGGAUUUAGCUUGGAUUUACAUUCAUCUAUUAAUGUUGAGGAAAGUAAUUACAAAGUAACAGCUCGACAAGUUGAUUUUACAUUGGGUAAAAAGUGUCCUGCUUGGUGGCCACGAUUAACUAGUCAACCACAAAAGCCAUCAUGGCUGAAAAUCGAUUUUGAUAAAUGGACAAGCGAAGAUUUAGAUGAUAAUGAGGAUGAAAGACGAGAUGUAUGCAGUGAUUAUCCCGACAUGUACGAUAAACUUCAUGAAGAAGAGUUUGGUUAUAGAAAAGAAGAUUUCAAAAAAGUGUAUCUAAUUAUUUAUAACCUUUGUCAAUUUGUUGGUUUUAUCUAUAUUCUAACUGUAAUGGGAAUUAUGUACUCGCGAGAUGGACCAGCAUCUAUGAAAGAAACUUACGUAGCUGUUGGGAAUGCAAUGAAAUUUAUACAACUUAUACAAUUUUUAGAAGUUAUGCAUUCAUUAUUUGGUUACACUAAAAGUAGUACAUUUGUAACAUUUGUACAAGUGGGAGGCAGAGCAUUUAUUUUAUUUAUUAUGAUUGAGGCUGAACCACGUAUGCAAACGAAACCAGUUGUCUUUUAUCUUUUCCUUGUAUGGAGUACAGUAGAAGUAUUUAGGUAUCCUUAUUAUUUGACGCAAUUACUUAAAAUAGAGAUUUCAUUUUUAACAUGGCUAAGAUAUACAAUAUGGAUGCCUUUAUAUCCAUUAGGCUUCCUCUGUGAGGGGAUUAUAAUAUUAAGAAAUAUCCCAUAUUUUGAAGAGACACAGAAGUUUACUGUUUCUUUACCAAAUUCUUGGAAUUUUGCAUUUCAUUUUCCAUCAUUUUUAAAGAUAUAUUUACUCAUAUUCUCUUUACCCUUUAUGUACAUGUUGAUGUCUCGCAUGAACCAAAUACGUCAUAAAAAAUUAGGCAAAUCUAGGUUGAGAAAAAAGUAUGCGUGAUGUAAAACAUGAUAAGAUAAAGAAAUUAAAAUAUUAGAAAAUUUCA